AUGGACUCGACAGCGUACCCAAAUAUCCUGGAGCGAGUAAUCCAGCAUUGCUACUCCGUCGCCACGCUCCUGGCGUUCCGCGCGGCAUCGAAACACUGCCGCGCGAUCGCUGACGACACAUUGUUCUACCACGCUGUGCUCCGGCGCGAAUGGUACCAGCCCACGCCGAAGGGCCGCGCCCGAGCUGCGCCUCGUCCUCACCUUGCCCUCCUCCUCACCAUACAACAAGACCGCCCGCUUCCCCUCCUUCCCGCCAAGUGCACCGUCCUCGACCUGAAGCCGACUCUCGGCGGCGAGCCCCCGUCCUACGACCGGAUCUACCGGACUCGGAAGACCUUCGAGAUACGGGAGCGCAUGUACCCGACUUCCAACAACUUCGACCAUGGGGCCAUCGCAGGCUGCGCGCCCGCCGUGCUCCGGCGCUUCGGGGACGCAGUACAAGUGAAAUGGGAAGCAGUGCAGCCUACGGCAGUCGACUUUGUGUGUGCUGGGAAGCCAUACGUCAGCCAGCUCAUCGUCGUGCCUCCUCGAGCGCGGCGAUACAUCCUCCACCUCGACUGGACGACAUUUGAGCCACCGCGCGGAUGGCUCAGCCUCGGCGGGCACUCCAAGGCCGGUAUCCCGGACGCUGUGCUCGUGCUGACGCCGCGAACGGCAGCGAUCGCACGAGACACGGUAGCCGAGAUCAUCAAGUUUGUCGCUAAGGAGUUCCUCCCGUCCAUGAUGCUUGGGCGGACCGUGUUCACUGUCGUUGGGCUGGGGAACUGGCUGCCCGGGGUGGAUACAUGCGCCUUCAAGGAGCGCUUGACAGACAUCGCCGUCUCCUCGCACUUCGCCUAUCUUACCCCCAACGGGGGGUUGAAUAUGGACGUGGACACCGUUGAGAAGGGCUACGAUAGCAUACGGUUUAUCACCCUCGAGGAGUGGCAGGCCUCACUUGGGCGGAUGAAUGAGUUGGUCGGCAUGUGGCCAUGUCCGGCGCAGCACGUGCCGUAG